CCUGGAAGACAAGUGAUGGUAAGCUGCAGUUUACAACAUAUACUGUUGUCUUUAAUGAAGUACCUGCUGUCAUCUUUGGGCAGCAGUGGGAUGAUGGAGGCAACUCCACCAGUACUGGUAAUAAUGAUGAUGUUAUCUCAAGAUGGCCGGCUUUUAAAGUUGAGGAUUUAGGACUAACCCGUGGGUAUGCAUCAUGGGGCGGGGGACAGAUAGGAAGUACCCCUACUGGUCCCUUUGAUUCCUCGCUGAAGGAGAUCUAUAAAGGAAUGGAGGGUGGACUACCUCUUGUAAUAUUUGACUCUGAUAUGGAGAACACAGUCGUGAUAUCACCACAGAAUACAUUCAUGUCUUCACAUCACGAGGUGUGGAAGCCAGACGGAUAUCAAGUCCCUGUAUUUGCUACUGGUAUAUUAGGAUCAGUUGAUACUGUCCCUAAAGGAUACGCAAUGGAGACACUAAUGGUUGCCGGUCAGAACCUCACCGACACUAUGGACAAAUGGGGUAGACUCUUACGUGGAAGAUACAAGAAAGAUGAUAUAUAUCGUCACAAUGAUUUUUCAAUAAACUACCUUGGAUAUUACACUGAUAAUGGAGCCUGCUAUUAUUACUAUACUGGGAAAUACUCAAACUACGAAGAAGCAAUGCUUGCUGUGAAGAAGGAUGCUGAUGACAAUGGUCUUCCUUUUAGGUAUCUUCAAAUAGACUCAUGGUGGUACUACAAAGGUGAUCAUGAUGGUGUUAAGAACUGGACCUGCAUGAGUUCUAUUUUCCCUGAUGGAAUUGAGUAUGUAUCACAGAAAACCGGUUGGCCAAUAGUCGCUCAUAACAGGUUCUUCUCUGUGGAUACUGAUUAUGCCAAGCAAAAUGGAGGACCUUUUAACUUUAUCAUUGAUUCAGGUAAAAUAGCUCUACCUGAUGAUCCUACUUUCUGGCAGUAUCUUCUCUCAACGUCAAGAGAUCAGUGGAACCUUUGGACUUACGAACAAGACUGGCUUCUGACUGAAUCAGGAGGACUUAAAGAGCUGCAGAUUGAUCUUAAUCUGGGUCAAACAUGGCUAGGACAGAUGGGAGAAGCAGCUAAAGAAGAAGGACUCACCAUACAGUAUUGUAUGGCUUGGCCUAGGCAUGUAAUGCAGGCAGUGAUGAUACCAGUAGUGACACAAACUAGAGCUAGUGAUGAUUAUCAUCCUGGUAACAGCCAAUGGAAGAUUGGAGACUCUAGCAUACUCCUUCACUCUCUUGGUAUUGCUCCAUUCAAAGAUAAUUACCACACAACCUCUACUCAAUCCGAUUGCAAGUUCACUUCAGCAGAACCUAGUCCUAAACUACAGACCUACGUAUCAGUGUUGAGUACCGGCCCAGUGGGUCCCAGUGAUACUGUAGGAGGAGCAGACAAGCAGCUCAUCCUUGCCACUUGUAUGAGUGAUGGUCUCAUACUGAAGCCAUCAAGACCUGCUAUGUCUCUGGACUCUACAUUCCUUCAGCGAGCACUUGGUAAGGGAGGGCCUGAUGGAUAUCUCACUGCAACUUAUACUGAAGUGUCAGGUUACACUUGGUAUUACAUACUGGGGGCUGAGCUUAAAAGUGACUAUCAAAUGUCUCUCACAGAAUUACCAGCUGCUCGUGAUGGUACCAAGCCUAAGACCUCCUUCCCAGAAUCAGUAGCAGUUCAGUACGACCUUGACAAAACCGUUGCAUCAAAUUACGUGAAGAUAUCAGAUUCAAGUGCAAAGCUGACGAUAAAAUCCUGUGAAGUAUCAGAUUUCCAACACUGGUACAUAGCACCUGUACUACCAGGCAGUGGUGGAUCAUUGCUAGGAGAGCUGGAUAAGGUUGUACCAAUAUCAGAGCAGAGGGUUCUCACUGUUAUCCUGUUCGCUGGUACUUACGUUGUUAAAAUGAGAGGAGCUCCUGGAGAAGUGGUAUCAAUGUCAACAAUAGAUACUAGUGAUGGUAAAGUGACCAGUAUUGAUUGCACAUUGGACUCUACUGGUGCUGGUACGCUAGGGUUCUCUGAUGUUAAGAACCUCUCCUGCUAAAAAUCAAGCUAUUAUUAUUGCAGAAUUGCUAGCUGAUAUAACUGCUUUUGCUA